CCUAGCAACCAAUGCUAGCCGGUGGUCGUAAACAGUUGUUUUCGAACUGCCUACGAACAUGCAUCCUCCCAUACGAAAUCACGUCGAUCACCCGCGAAAUCCAAACUACGAGAAAGAUAUCGUUUACGUGACGAGACACAAUAAGUGGGUCCUGAAUUCUAUCGGAAUCUGGCCAGCUGUGUUGAAAGGUAUCGGCCAAUUUCUCCCGAAAAUCGCGAUCGGUGUCAGUAAUUUAGUGUUAUUUUUCACCUUGGUGCAGUGUGUGCUACACAUUGUAUUCGAGCAAAAAGAUCCCCUGCUGAGACUGAAGAUUCUAGGCUUGACGUGCUUCUCUUUCAUCUCGCUGAUGAAAUAUUGGGCUCUGACGGCACGCAAGUCGAAGAUCGAACACUGUAUCGAGCAGUUGUACGCUGAUUGGAAACAGGUAAAAUUCCAGAGAGAUCGUAAACUGAUGCUGAAAUACGGGAAAAUUGGUAGAAAGUUGACCGUGUACGGUGCCGUGUUUAUGUAUAGCGGUGGCAUAAUUUACCAUACGAUUAUGCAAUACGCGAUCGGCUCGUACGUCGACGAGUUUAACCGUACGAUCAAAUUGCUGGUAUAUCCUACGUACAGUGCACUAUACGAUGUUCAAAAGGACCCUAUUUACGAACUCGUGUACGUCCUUCAAUGUAUGUGCGGAUACGUGUUCGACAGCGUGACAGCCGGAGCUUGCGGACUGGCUGCACUUUUCGCAACGCACGCCUGUGGCCAGAUUGAUAUCGUUAUGUCUCGGAUAGAGGAUCUAAUCGAUGGAAAAUUCUCCGAGGAAGCUACUAGCCUGAACGUUCGUUUAGUGGAGAUUGUUCAACGUCAUAUCAAAACUUUGAAAUUCUCUGCGAUGAUUGAGACGGUUCUUCAAGAAGUGUGCUUUUUAGAAUUUUUUGGCUCCACGUUCGUAAUAUGUUUGCUCGAAUUCUAUUGUAUCACGGAUUGGGAACAGAAUAAUAAAAUUGGUCUGAUGACGUAUUCGCUGCUGUUGACAUCCUUGACGUUCAACAUGUUCUUAUUGUGCUACAUUGGUGAUCUACUGAUCGAGAAGAGUACUAACGUCGGAAUAUCCUGUUGCAUGAUCGAUUGGUAUCGUUUGCCAGCAAAGACAGUCCAGGACUUGAUUUUAAUCAUUGCCAUGUCGAACAACCCGUCAAAAAUUAGCGCCGGUAGAAUAGUUGAUUUGUCUUUGGCAUCCUUUGGAAGUGUAGGUUUUUAUUAA